AGCUGGAGGAUACUGGGGAUGCCACUUGGAGGGAGCUGGAGGGGGGGCAAACGUAGUUCCUGGUCAUGUUAGUUACACUAAAAAUUUCAAAUGUCGUUAUAGCAAUAAUACUAGUACAGAUAUUGGACACCUUAUGCAGAAACCCGUUAUCCACACAGUUCAGAAUAACAUAAAGGCCAUUUCCCAUAGAUUCCAAUUUAAUCAAAUAAAUCAUAUUUUUAAAAAUUGUUUCCUUUUUCUCUAAUAAUAAAACAGUACAUUGUACUUGAUCCCAACUAAGAUAGUAUUUAUCCUUAUUGAAGCCAAAACAAUCCUUUUAUGUUUAAUUACUGUUUAAAUAAUUUUUUUUAGUAGACUUGUUAGUACAUCCAAAUUAUGGAAAGACCCCUUAUCUGGAAAACCCCAUGUCCUGCGCAUUCUGGAUAACGGGUUCCAUACCUAUAUAUACUUAUGCCUGAAAAUGAUUCACAGGCUUAAUUAAAAAGUUAUUGCUUAGUAAGUGCUUUAUAUGUAAAGUCGAAAUAACCAUUUUAUGAAAUUUUUUUUAUUAUAUAAUUUUCAUAUUUAACUUUAAAGAACUUCAUUGUGAACGGUUUCUGAAAGGCAUGGCACUGACUCGGAGGCAUGGAACAGCUUAACUAAGGAAGAGAGGGAAACAUUUGCUCUCUGGUCUGCUGUAAAUCCAGCUUUUCAACCCAUGCUCUCUCCAAUCACACCAAGCAUGUGCAAGGGACGCAAGGAACAGACUCCAGGCUUUUUGUCUGCUGAGCUGGGGUCUAGAAGCUGAGGAUCUGCAUAAGAGACACGAGCAGGCACAGGCUGGAGAAGGCAGAGGCACUGCAGGGAAAGCCACGUGGAUGGCAGAAACAAGAUUAUAAAUCCAACAUGAUACUUAACAGAAUGAAGAUAUUAUACAUAUAUUUAAUCAAGUACAUGAUUAUUGUAGGAUUCAUUGUACAGUGUAUCCAACCUGCUUUCGCAGCGGCAACUAAAAAAAGAGUGCAUGUAACAGAACCCCCCAAGCAAAUUACUGUGAAUGCCAGUCACUUGGAAGAGGGAAAAGGAAACAGUACAGAAAAUAAAUACAACUAUAAAGUAUUUAUUAUUGCACUAAUUGUGAUGGUAUUAAUUGGAUUGCCAGGAGCAGCUGUAUGGUUUCUAUAUUACAGACUGAAGAAGAAGAAUGCAAUCAAUGAUAUAGAAAAGGCAACAGAGGAAUCACAGGCUAAGCCUACUAUAUCUAGAAUCACUUCAUGGCUCACUGAAAACUGUCCCCUUGCCUUUAUAAGGCAUCUUUAUCACAAACUAAGGAAAAGGAAGCCAAUUGAUGACGAAGAAAAGGCCAUAGAGAAAUCUCAGCCUAAGCCAUCUACCACUUUGAGGAGUAAAGACAAGAAGAAGAAGAAAAAGAAGAAGAAAAAUGCUCCUGUGAAUAAACCUAUGGAGGAGGCAACUGAAGCGCCUCUCACAAAGCAUUGCACAGAUGAUACAGUGCAAUCUGAUCAAGGCCCUCGACCACUUUCAAUGCCUAAAGAAAAUGUCGGUAUCACCAGUGUGAUACAAUCUGCGGAACAGGAACACGAGGAAUCAGCCAGUGUUUCUUUGCCGCCUAUUAUUCCAGAGGUUUCCAAACCUGCUGUGGAAAAUGAGAAAGAAACUUGCUCCAAAGUUAAAUAUAAGAGGAUAAUAGUCUUGACGUGGAUAGAAGAGAUCACAGAUGAUGAGGAUGAUGAAGAAUCAACUCAUCAAAUUAAAGAAUGCCAGAAAGAGAUUCCUGUGGCUCUUGAACCUAAAAUGAGGGAGGUAACGGAACCAAAGAAGGACCCACAGUUACCUGUUUCUACUGUAAAGCCUAAAACCACUCCAGAUGGUUUAAAGGCAAGUAAAAAGCUCAAGAAAACUGUGAAACAUGAAGCAACAGAUAUAAAACCUAAACCUGAGAUUCCAAUUCAGGACAAACUGCCUGUUUUUCUUGAAUGCCAGGAACUUCCUAAGCCUAAUUGCGCGUCUCAGGUCUUAAAGGAUAUGAUGAGAAAUCAUCUUGGAACAGAAAAGGACCUAGAUCCAGAGACUGAAUGGAAAAGAAUUUUGAAGGGCAAUGGAAAAGGCUAUCAGCAGAAGCUGGAAUCCAAGGUCAAGAUAUCACCGAUGUUAGCUAAAGAGUUGCAAGAAAAUUUCCAGAAACGUCGUGCGUCAAAGACUGCCAUUUGCACUGGUGUAGGCUCUUCUGACGCGCUGCUUGCACACCCGGAAGAGAUACCUGGGGCUUAUAGAACUACACUAGCCCGAACUUACAUAGCUCCAAGAGAUAAGCCGAUCGUAUCGCGUGAAAUGCUUCAACAAACUAUAGAGGAUAGGCAGUCCACAAGAACUCAGAAUCAACAUGAAGUAACUCAUGUGGCAACUCCAGUCAGCUCUCCUCAGCAACAGAUGGAAGAGCCAAACAUCGGAACACAUAAGGACCUAGAUCCAGAGACUGAAUGGAAAAGCAUUUUGAAGGGCAAUGGAAAAGGCUAUCAGCAGAAGCUGGAAUCCAAGGUCAAGAUAUCACCGAUGUUAGCUAAAGAGUUGCAAGAAAAUUUCCAGAAACAUCGUGCUUCAAAGACUGCCAUUUGCACUGGUGCGGGCUCUUGUAGCUCUGCUUCUAUACCCGGAAGAGAUACCUAGAGCUUAUAGAACUACACUGUAUCCUCAGAAUGGCUAACGCUAACAAGACAAUGUUCCGUUGAUCUGGAUCCGUUAUCUGAGGAACUGUUUGAGAAUGUUUCUACAGAAGCUGAUAAGAAGAUUAAACAACAUUUUAUGUAACUUUUUUAUAAAUCAAUAAACCUUUUAAAGAAA